AUGCUUAGCGGGGGCUUUUACAGGUUGAAAAAAGUUAUAGCCAAUAACAGGCAGAACUCGAAGAAGAUGUUAACCAUGUUCAUUGUUGGCUUAACUGUUUUACAACCGUAUCGUACAGCUUGCUCAGGCUCAAGAUUUGCAAUAAGGCGUUUUGGUGUUCCUGUUAACCUAUCUUCAAUUUAUGUGUCAAAGUUUCACACUUCUAUGCAUACCUGGAACAUAAUUGGCAUUACUUUUGUAAAUAUAUACAUGUGGUCUUUUGGAUCCACUCACUUCGAGUUAAACGUAAUCUUAUCAGUUUUUACCAACUUUAUGGUUUUUCUUUUAAAUAUUUGCCACUUACUUUCCUAUAUAAUAAAACGUCGCGGAGGUAUGUUGACCCUCUAUUAUUGGACUUCAAUAUUGUGCUCCAUUGCAUACGGUAUUAACAGAACUUUCGCGGCUUGUAUUGGAGUUGAAUUUUUGGCCUUUUUUGUCUGUGGACUUCAAUUCGCAGGAAUUCAAAUAGUAUUGUUUCAAGCUAUUUUUUUAGCUAUUACCAAACCAAUCACUAACUUCGACGUCGAUUAUUGGUUAAUUCCAUCUGAAAUUUUUAUUACAACAAUCAUUUCAGCUAUUUCAUUUUUUCUGUGGACCACAUCAUUUGCCAAAACACAAGUGUGUAAAAUAUUUAGUUUUUCCAAAAGGCGUCAAAUUGAUCAGGGAUCUGAAAUUGGAAUCAAUGAUUUUGGUGUCGCCAAAAUGAACUCUACUACAGUAAACUUAGGAGAUAAAACAGAUGAUUUAAAAACUUCGAAAAUUACGAGUUUUCAAUUUAAACAAAAUGCAGAUAGUAAUUCAAAUUCAUUUGAAGAAAGUGACAAAAAUGAAUCAAAUUCAUCUAGUGUGACAUUUACUGAACCUUCUAAUUUACAGAUUAAUUCAAAAGAAUUUGUAAAUGCUAAAAAACUCUCUAAAAUUUCCACAAUAUUUAAAUCCAUAAUAAGGGCGAAAUCUCCUAUUUUAAUGAGUGGUUUCGGAGCUUCCCUUGUCUUUGGAUUUUACCCCUCAGUAGCUCCUUAUAAACUUACAACACUGGAAAUUGCUCAUAUAAUUGAUUUAACCGUUUUAGUAUCUGGUGCAGUCUCUGCAACUAUUAUAUCUCUCCUCUGCUUACUUGGCCUUGGUCCAAAUAAAAAGUGGAAAGGUAAUGAUUAUUUUUGGAAUUAUUUUCAUUAUCUCAUAAUUCCAUACCUUUUAAUCAUUAUUUGUUUUCUCAUUUCAAUGCACUACCCAAAUUCUGGGUUUUCCAAGGCUGUUCGAAGCCCUAUAAUUCUAGCCUUUUUGACUGAUAGAUUUGCAGGAGUGGGUCUUCAGGAAGAUAGGAAAAAUGGUACAGUUUCCAGUUUGAAUACUAUGUUUUCCUAUAGUCUAGUGUUUGUAAGUAUCUUUUGGGGUUCUGGCUACAUCAAGAUCUAUAAUAAGUAUGAACAAGACCUUAAAAAUUGGCCUACUAAAGAUACGACUGGAUUUUUUUGGAUAAAAUCUAUAUUUUUCUGGUUUUGGAAAUCAUUUGAAGGCGGUUCUUCUAAUUUUAAAAACAUGCUAACUACAGAUCUAAUGAGAGAUAUAAAUUCAGUUGUCGAACCUUGA